CUUUUUGUUUACUUCAUUCUUCCCUUGCUUCUUAACUUGCACUCAGACUCCUUCCUCCUCUUUUUCUUUCACAUCUUUAUCGCUGAAGCAUGGAGAAGGCAGUCAUUGGGGCUACAAAGCCCAAGUGCAUGUACCCAAAGCGGAAAUACCUCGACACACUGCUGUUCGGGGCGUCAUCCUCCAUGCACAACAUCAUGCUAAUAAUGAACGCGCUCCAGCCAAGAUUGGCGAGCAACGUCUGGACUACGUCGUUUAAAUCUCUACUGGUUGUUCAUUUACUCGCUCGAUCAGAGGCAGGAAAUGAAGUCUUGAGUUUUUGUGCUUCGCAGCGUGGUAUUCUUUCUGCUGCGUAUAAAGGCGGUGCAAACAGUGGAUACACAGCUACCAUUAGGACCUAUGCAGCGUACCUUAUUGAGAAGGUGCAUGCAUAUCGUGAGCUGCAGCGAGAUCCGGUCAGAACAGGAGUCCAAGGCCGAGAUGGAUACCUUCGUACACUGCCUCUAAAUAAGGGUUUGCUACACCAUGUCUCUGCACUUCAAAAGCAGAUAUCAGCCCUCUUAGCAUGCAAGUUCUAUGUCGACGAAUUGAGCAACGAAGUGACAAUUGGUGCAUUUGCACUGCUUGUCCAAGAUUUAUUACGACUCUUUCAAGCUAUGAACGAAGGCGUCAUCAACAUCCUCCAACAUUACUUUGAGAUGACUAAGGAUCAAGCGAGGCUUGGGCUGGCGAUCUACAAAACUUUUGCAGAGCAAACCACAAAAUGUAUGGAGUACUUCAGCGUUGCCAAGCGCAUGGAAGCUGUGAUUCACAUUACUAUUCCUCAGCUCAAACAUGCACCACUGUCACUCGUCAAGACACUGGAGGAAUACCUCAACAGCCCAGACUUUGAAGAGGGCCAAAAAUCUACACUAUCAAAAUCAAACAAUCUAUCCUCUUCAACUGCAAAAUCUCCCCCUACAAAACCGUCAACACCUUCAUCUAACAACAAGUUUGCAGGGAAUGAUGAUGAUACAUGGUCACCCAAGAAAACAAAAGAGGAAUCUAAACAGACCAACCCCAUGAAGGAUAUGAUCGACUUUUUCUCUAGUAUUGAGAAUGAAGAAACGACUAUUCAACAGAAUCCCAAUACAUUCCAAGCGCAGAUGUUGACUGGAGGCAAUGAUUUCCAGCAAUUUCAGCUCCAGCUUCAGCUUGAACAGCAACAACAAAUGCUUCAGAUACAGCAGAUGCAGCAGAUGCAGCAGAUGCAGCAGAUGCAGACACAGCAAAAUAUGAUGCUCGGAAACAACUUUACUGGUAUGAGUAGCUCUCAGUCCUUCCAACCGGAUGUAUUGGCAGCUCAACCGACAGGCUUCAGCACAAAUCCAUUUUCAAUGGGCCAACAACACUCCAACAUGUUCCAAAUUAGCAAUGGCAAUGGUAAUGGUAAUGUAAUGGGUAUGAUGAGUAGCAUGCAUGACAUGAAUAAUAUCGCUCCGCAGAGCACAGGAAACCCUUUCCGGACAGGAUCUGCAGCAAUGAGUGGCUCGUUCCCAACACCGUCGCUCCCAACGAUGACUGGAGCGGCGCAAUUCAACACAAUGCCCAACUUGUCUUCACAGGCAAUGGGAAGCACAAAUCCUUUUGCGCCAUCUAUAAACCCUCUCAACCCUUUCUCGCCCAAUUUUGGUAACGUGCAGAAUCAAUCUUCAGACAUGAUGAGUGUGAACGGCGGAAAUCUGAAUAGUCUGAACAUGAUGACUGCCCAACCUACAGGAGUUAACGGAAAUCCCUGGGCUAUGCAGCAACAGCAACAGCAACAGCAACAGCAACAGCAAACACCGUUUGGGCAAUUCUAGUUUAUGGACCACAAUAUUAUUAUUAUUAAUGAACUUUUAUGAUGUUAAUGCAAG